AUGCUCUUCCCACUGCUCUGCACCCUGGUCUCAGCAGCGCUGGGCGGCGCGGUGCUGCGGCUGUUGUGGAGGCAGGAGCUGAAGAUAGGACUGGAAGCUGCCCUGGGUCUGCUCCUCCUCUGCGAGCCCCUGUGCUUCAUGGCGAUGCCCGGCUAUCCCGGCCUCUGUCCCUUCUCCCUGGCUUGUCUGCUCACCUACUGCAAACUGCACGUCUCCGGGCUGCUACCUGUCCAGGAAAAGACCAUCCUCAUCGCACGAUGUGAUUCUGGAUUUGGUCAUGCAUUGGCAAAACACCUCAAUAAACUGGGCUUCACUGUGUUUGCUGGUGUUCUCUACCUCGAUGGGCCUGGUGCUCAGGACUUGCAGAUGUGUGGGUCAGGCAGGCUCACAGUGCUGCAGCUGGAUGUCACAAACUCAGAGCAGAUCGCUCAAGCCUUUGAGCAAGUUAAAGCUCAGCUGAAGAAGAGUUCCUUGGCUGAACAGCCUCUAGGACUUUGGGAUAUUAUGAACAAUGCCAGAGUGCUAGAAAUCAUUGCCAAUGGAGAACUUCUCCCCACGGAUGUUUAUAAACACUGCAUGGAGGUGAACUUCAUUGGGGCUGUCGAAGUCACCAAAAUAUUCCUUCGACUACUUCGCCAAGCCAAAGGCAGACUCGUUAAUGUCACAAGCAUUGCAGGAAGUACACCACUAAUGGGGUUUGCGGCAUAUAGUGCCUCAAAGGCUGCUUUCAACAUGUUUUCCAAUAUCUUGAGACGAGAACUUGCCGUCUGGGGGAUCAAAGUGAUCAUCAUCCAACCAAGUGGUUUCAGAACAGGUUAG